AUGAAGUACUUCCAUAGUCACUUACAAAUUUUACUCCUUACUUUCCUUGUCUAUUAAUAAACCUGGGCUAUUGAAGAAAUGAGAUUGCUUGAUAGGCCAAAUCCAUUUUUCGUAUUAAAAUCUGAGAUUAAAGAAUUACAAAACAGAGAUGAAUUUUACAUUACACUGACAGUAUAGCAAUUGGAUUUGAGUCAAUGGAAUUUAACUGGUGAUAAUUACUAUUUCGCUUUUAACUUAGUUCUUGGGGAACUCCCUGACAAUUCAUUAGACCUUGUAAGAUGCGAGUAUCAUCUCAAUGAGCCAGAUAAGGGAUUCUUUUGUUUAGAUUAAUCAAUCAAUAAUUAAGGAGUGCUCUCAAAUGAUUUAUAAUAAGACGUAACAGGUGUAUAUACUUGGAAUGCUGAAGUAUUGAGAGGUUCUGCAAUGAAAGCAGGCUAUUUUGAGAUGACAUUUACUCGUCCUCUUAUUACAGACGACUCAAGGGAUAUAUAGUUCACCUAAAAGAACAAGCCAGUUUACAUUCAAUGUGGAUUCGAGAUAGGAGAAUUAAGUUAAUUUGAUGAUACCUAAAGAAUGUAAUCCUACAGAUUAAAGGCAACAAACCUACUGCUUAUAACCUAAGGUACAUCACUUGUCAAAUAUGCUUUGAGUCUACUUUCUCUAAUUAUGAUUUCAGUUAGUUUGAAUUUCUGA